CACCACCGCAAGCCUCCUUCUGUCCUCUUCACACACUAUGAACGCCUGAUUCUGGUACGUCGCCGUCUUCCUGGAUGCGCAGAAUCUCGUCCUGCGUCGCGCCCCGAAAGCGCUCGCCGUGAAUCCUUUACAUCCAUUACGCACCACUCCGAGAUGGCCACGUUCGACGAGACAUUCAACCCAGCGGCACUCGCGCGAUCUGAUACCAUCACAUCAGCGACGAGUAACGCGAAAGCGCCUCCCGGCUCCUCCUCCAAAUCCUCGAAACCCUCGCCAAAUUACCCUCGAGUCGAUCUUGAGCCCCUCUACGCCGAACUCAAGUCGUUAAUAGGACAUGACUGGGAAACAUACUACGAGACGCUGACAAGAUUCAUACGGGGUGAACUUAAUGCCCGCGAGUUUGGUGAUGUUUGCGACGCCUUCAUCUACACCUCUCCCCAGACGGAACACGCACAUAAUUCACUCAUCCUUGCCGUGCUGUGCAACGCAUCCCGCGAUCCACCGGAGCCAGGGCUCGCAGCAUGGGUCAGCGCUACUACCGACAAGUCCGCGCUCGCCACCGCGAACAAGCCCGCAGUCACGAGCGAUGUUGGAGAGCAACGUCUGAAGAGCGAGGUCAUGUCCCUCCCGGCCAGGGAUAGGCGGCGCCUCAAGGCUGCUACGAAUGACAAGGAGGAGGAGGCCGCAUCUGCAGCAGCGAAACGAAAUCAGUACGAAGAGUCAUAUAUGACAGGCCGAAUCCAAGCUCCUGAGAACGUUUCCGCGGGCGGGACUGUGGCCGGCGGUAUAACCAAGACAAACUGGGAGAUGGAAAUACGAAAACGGUACAUGCAGCCCUUGUUCGCGGAGACGCUAGAAUUCCCGGACCCAAACACGAUACAUGCCCGCAUCGUCCCGCUGUGUUAUGAGGAGGGUGUUGCAAGCGGAUGCAGUCUUCAGUGUGCCGAGUAUGUGGCUAUAUCGGCCGAAAAUUACAUCAAGAGUAUGAUUGGUGAAGUCUUUGACCGGGUUAGGAGUAACGGCCCACGUUACGACGAGAAUAGUGCAAACGGUGGUAUUUUGACUUCCCGCUAUAAAAGAGCGAUCGAUCGAGAAGAGACGGAAGUCAAGAUGGGCAAGUUGUCGAGGACAAGGGAUGAUGAAUUAUUACCCUGCGAGGCGGCUGCUGCAUACUCGAGACGCCCUAUUGGAAUGCCGGAUUUACAACUCGCGAGAGCUACCGGGCCGAUUCCGUGGAACCAGAUGCCUCUUGUGGAUUGGACAAUUGGAAAUGCAAGCGCCGGCUACGACUAUGAGGAAUGGCAGGCCAAGCUGCAAGAAAUGUCCAUCGGAAGUGGAAAGGAGAAUGGGCACAUCACGGGUCACAUCCUUGAUAAGCUGGAGGACGGCAUGGACCUGGAUGGUGCUAAUGACAACUAUGGAUGGGAAGGUGCCGGGGAAGAUGAGCGCGUUGGACUGCAGAAUGUACUUGCGGAUUGUCUAUCUGCUGGUGGUUAGGAGCCGACCGGCACGGGACAAGAGAAGAACGAUGACGAUCAUGAGAAAACAUCUGCAGAGACUGGCACCGCCGAGACCAAUGAUUCAAGUUAGAUCGACAACAUUUUGGGCCUCGUCAACUCGCGACAAUCUCGACGGGUGAUCGACUUGGGCAAAGGUGAAAUGGUCAUCAAUCUGAAAUUCACGUUAACGUUGACGACCACGAUUGAAUUGAAAUCUCGGUUUGGCGGGGGCAUAGAAGCAAAGGAAUUGGACCUGGAGAGCUAUGUCCUAUGGGGAUGUACCAGAGACAGUCACGUUGAGUGGAAUGGGACAGCCAAACGACUUGAUUUUGAAAGUAACUACGGGUUCACUUCGAGUCUCAGCAUCAUCCGCGGUUGGUAUCCGCGAAGCCUUUUAAGAGAAGAGUCAAAGGUGGCAACCAUGACGUACAAACGACCGCCCGGAGUCUGGAUGCGUAGACGCGAGCAGCACGUACUGAAGCAAUCACAACGUCCAAUCAAACCCCACAAGCCACCAGGACGGAGCUGAGCAGGCGGCAAAGAUCUCCCGAGAUCAAUGAAGUGGACCAGGAUCUACUAACGAGUAUCGACGGGGAAUUGAUUAAGAGAGGAACGUUGUAAGGAAUACCUACGGAGAGAAAAGUCUUCGCAAAGACUUUUUCAUCUUGUCCUUUUUGGACAUGACAAUACGACAUUAUGAUACCCCACCAUUAAGGACCAGUGCUAUCGCCGGCUUGUAUGAUAGACGGAUUGAAUGACAAGUCAUCAAGGGAAGGUUAUUUUGGGUUUUGUGCGUGAUUGUUGAAGAAGAUCAAGGAGAACUAGCAAAUUACCUAGGUCCCUACCUACAUAGGUAUGUUUCAGACAAGUAACAUACUUGACUAAAUGUUGAUAGUAGAGCAGAGAGAUUCAACUGAAGAUUCUGAAGUAGAUAUUUCUAUGGCUGCUGACUUGUUUGCUGUUUUGGGUUUCAGUCCUUGAGUCUUUG